CGCUUAUUUCCGUAGCACUGUGGAAGGUACAGUCAUGGUACAGUUUCCCUUCUCUAAGUUUGUAUAGGUGUUCUGUGGUAAUAGCAUGUAAUAGUCAGAGUGUGGGCUUUGUAUUUGUGACACUGAGCUCAGCGCUACCACCCAACGUUCGGUUUCGAGAAGAGGCUCGUUCGCCACUGAAAAUUGUUACCUGGGACCCAGCCAGCAGCGUGCUGCUGUCAUACUAGCCGACGUGGUACCCGUGGUGUGUGUGCGCGGCAUGAUCGUUUCUCUAGCGGUGGUCGCUCGUCGACUUCGUUCUCGCCGCAGUGCUGUCGUUUUUAGUUCGCGCUGCAUGUCGACUACUACGCGGCCAAAUGUCGACAGCUCUUGUAGCGGUGCGGCCGGAACCUUCUGCCUGGUCGACUAUGACGUUGUGGGGUUCGACUUGGACAACACACUGGCGCGCUACCGGUUGCCAGCGCUGUUCGAGCUCAUCCACAGAAGUGUCGGCGACUACCUUUCUACGAGCGCUGGUCACCAGCGGCCGGGCAACAGGUUGUGGGCCAGUGCGCGGGCAUUCUCGCAGAGAGGUCUGCUGGUGGACAAAAAGCGUGGCCUCCUGGUCAAGUUUGACGCCAGCGGGAGAGUAGACCGCGCCUUAAAGGGUUUCAAACGCCUUUCAGAUUCGGAGGUAGAGCAACUGCAAAAGGAGUACACUGGGAUGGAGUUUCGGAGAGACCUGCGACCAUCCCAUGAGUGGUACAAUUUUGCCGACUACUUCACUGUGCCAACUGAAGCCUUGUAUGCUGAUAUGGUUGCAUGUGCCAAGCCAGCGGCCUCACUGGAGCCUCUCUGGCAUGACCUCUUGGAGGGAAUUAUCCACUUCUACCGCCCGGGUGGGCCCCGAGCCACGACCUUGCUCCGGACUCCCGACGUGCUGAUCCGGCCGUGCCCUCCGUCGGUGAAGGCUUGGAUCCAGAGCCUGCGAGCGGCCGGCACCCGCACUUUCCUUCUGACUGGCUCAGAGCCUCUGCUUGCGUUUGCCAUUGCAUCCCAUGCUUUAGGCCCACAGUGGCGUGACCUCUUUGACUUGGUGAUUGUGGGUGCCAACAAGCCAGCUUUCUUCUCCAAUGCCUCCCUUACUUUUCAGGUUGUUCAAGAAGAUGGCUCAGAGAGGCCUCUCGGCCACGGUGAGCAGCUGUGUGCAGGCAUUGUAUAUCGUGGUGGAAACUGGAUGGCAUUGCGUGAACGAUGGCUUGGCGGCCAUCGCGCACUCUAUGUCGGCGACUCAUUGGUGGAUGACAUUGUUGCUUCACAAGGCUGCUGUGAAAGUGUAGCUAUUCUUGAAGAAUUGACUGUUGAAGCUGCUGCACCGAAACUUGCAGUGCACGAUGGAAUUGAAUACCUUCUGUCUGAUGUUUGGGGCUCAGUAUUUGCAUCACCGCAGGGUCCAAGCUAUCUGACAAAGGCCGUUUGUGGGGCAGCAAAAUUGGCAGUGCCAGAUGUAGUGCAGCUGGCCAAGUUGACGAAAAGCACAAGAAUUCCAGCAUUCGACGGCACUGUGGGUCUCUCUGGUUUCUAUCCAAGACCACCAGAAUCAUUGGUUGCUCUGCUUGCACGUUCUUCUGUGGAGGAAAGUAGGCGACAUUGAGUAGACUAGCAAUUGCUGUUUUCUGUGCUAGCUAGCAUGGCCUGUCUAAAUCCGAAAUAUCAUAUGAGAUCAUAAAAUGCAAUGUGCAAGCACACUUUUCUCAGUGCCUGGAAUCGUUGAUGAAAAUUCCAGAGCUUAUUAGCUGAUUUUCAGAUUUAUGGUGAUGUACCUCUGUCAUACUAGCAACAAAUGAUAAAGAAUAGGCACUUGUAAUUUUUUAUUAAAACUAGCCGAAUUUUCAUUUUGCUUGCUAGUAGCAGCAGUAGUCAUUGUUUUGAAAUAAAUCUAGGAAAAAGGAAGGGAAAGAAAUUGCUGACCGCAAUGUAACUGUUUAGCAUUGUCUGUUGAUGGCAGUCAGCAGUGGAAGAAUCUGGGUAGGAGAAUAAAAGGACAGGGAAAUGGGACACAGUAAGAGAGGUAACUAACUUUUGUUGGUUUGCUUGCUUCCCACCAAUAGUAGUUUUAGUUCAAAGGGAAGUUACAAACAUAAUAAUAUUUGGGGUUUUACG